AUUGUAGGAAUCACAGAUCCAAAAAUCAGAAUCAGUGAAACAUCGAAGUGAUUGAGUUAGAAAGAGAUAAGUGGUGAUAAAAGAUGGAAGAAAGAAAGUGGGUGGUAAUGGUGGUGGUGGUGGUGGUGAUGGGUUGUUGCAUGUGGAAAGGGUGCAAUGGUCUGAGUCUGUGUGACAUGAAUGAAGAGGGAUUGGAAGCAUGCAAGCCCUCAGUGACUGAGCCAAACCCAGUCGAUCCAUCACCUAAGUGCUGCAAAGCUCUGGCUGGUGCUGACUUGAAAUGCCUUUGCUCUUACAAGAACUCUUCAACGUUACCUUUUCUUGGAAUUGACCCAAAUCUUGCCACUUCACUUCCUGCAAAGUGCAAUCUCACUCCUCCAGAUAAUUGCUGAUCUAAUUCCCUCAUCUCUUUUUCUUCUUUCUGUCUUAUAAUUAUCUUUUCUCCAGAUCACCAAGAGAGAGAAAAAGAAAAUAAUUGUGCUCCUUUUUUUUUUAAUUUCUUUUUUGUUUACCAUAUAAGAUCUGUUCUUCUUCUUUGUUAUGUA